UGCAGCUCGUGGACUCAUCCUGUCAGUCGGGACCAUCAUCCAGAGACGGCGGCUCCGGGUCAGCAACACAGGGACGAUAAAAAAAAAUAAAUAAAUAAAAAUAAAAGUAGGGUUCUGUGAGAGGAAGCACAUCGGCUGCUGUCGCUCCUGUCAGUGGAACAGGAAGAGGGUUUCUAGGAGCAGUUCACCGGCUAGAUAAACACACCGGUACCUCCCGGGCCAGGCAGAAUAGAGCAGAACCAAACAGCCGAAAAGGGAACCAAGUUGGGCGGUUCGUUCACUGAAGAGGAACAGAUGAGGCAGCUGGCUGAAAAUCAACAGUGUCCAUUUCCUGUUGGUUGGUUGUGCAAACAGUGCCAGCUGAGGGACCUGGCUGCACCGUCAUCAGCACCGGCCUGUGUUUGUUCCACUGAAACACAGUAAUGAGGCACAGAGUUAGCUUCGCUGCAUGGAGAGAGGUCACUGUUCUGAUAUGACAGCUGGUGUGGGACUCCUUCCCAAAGCCAUCCAUCCCUUGCACCACAGUGGGAUCUGUUCAACCAGAUGGCAUCUACCGACUCACGGCUCCAUCAGCCUCCCUCGCAGAAAGACGCGGCCGACCAAAACUUCGACUACAUGUUCAAGCUGCUGAUCAUCGGGAACAGCAGCGUCGGAAAGACCUCCUUCCUGUUCCGCUACGCCGACGACUCCUUCACUCCCGCCUUCGUCAGCACGGUGGGCAUCGACUUCAAGGUCAAAACCGUCUUCCGCAACAACAAGCGGAUAAAGUUGCAGAUUUGGGACACAGCGGGACAGGAGCGCUACCGUACCAUCACUACAGCGUACUACAGAGGAGCCAUGGGCUUCCUGCUCAUGUAUGACGUCUCUAACCAGGACUCUUUCGGUGCAGUGCAGGACUGGGCGACACAGAUCAAGACGUACUCAUGGGACAACGCUCAGGUCAUCCUGGUUGGUAACAAGUGUGACCUGGAGGAUGAAAGGGUCAUAGCCACAGAGGACGGCCAGCGGCUGGCUGAGGAGCUCGGCUUCCAUUUCUUCGAGGCCAGCGCCAAGGACAACAUCAACGUCAAGCAGGUGUUUGAGUGUCUAGUCGACGUCAUCUGCGACAAGAUGAACGAGACCAUGGAGGAAGAGAACAACCUCACAAACAACCACAUGAGCCACGGCUUCAAAGACUCCUCAGAAAGCGGCGGUGCCUGCGCCUGCUAAGCAGCGGGCCUUUCUAGAACGUCUCCAAACACACACACACACACACACUGAUAUGAAGAACAACUUCCACUCUGUGCCUGUACUGUGGAAAGUGCUAGAGGGCCAGUUAGCUAAAUGGCUAACAGGCUAAGUGGCUACCUGAGACGAUCUUGGUUUGGCCUCUCCAACAGGGCUGUCGCUUCCCCUAAAAUGAAGCGUUUCUUUCCUAUCUCUGUUCUUUUUCUCUUCUUUUGUUUUUUGUUUUGUUUGGUGUUAUAACUUAUAACUGUGUUCUGAAGCUUCUCCAAGUUUCAACAUCCUGGGCUAAUCAGCAUUUAAUACUGCCAGUGCCUGCUUUGUGGAUUUGGUUUUCUAACCAUCGGGAAACCACUGCACACCGAUCCAAUGAUCGAUGCAUCCAACAACACUUGUACCACAAUGAGAUAUUUGCUAUACAUUUUUAUUUAAUAUGUAUUUUAUAGGAAAAAAAUGUAAAUCUCAUCAUGUACCAAAGUCACUUUACCUUGUGGAUUUUAACAUCUGCCAAUAUAUAAGAUUUGCAAUGAUUUUUUUUUUGUCUGUUUUUUUUUUUUUUUUUUUUUUUUUUACAAAAGUGUGGAGAAAAUACAAUAACUGUACAAAUGUAGAUAAAUCUGUUGGCACCUGUGGUAAAGCUGAGUAUGAAAAAUUAAAUAAAAUCUUUUAUCGCAGCAAAACUCAAA